GCAGCAGAUACUUUGGCUGUACGACAGAAACGCCGGAUCUACGAUAUCACGAAUGUCCUGGAAGGCAUUGGGUUGAUCGAGAAGAAAUCCAAGAACAGCAUUCAGUGGAAAGGGGUGGGUCCUGGCUGCAACACACGUGAAAUAGCUCACAAACUGAUCGAGCUGAAGGCAGACAUAGAGGACCUGGAGCAGCGGGAACAGGAGCUGGAGCAGCAGAAGAUGUGGGUUCAGAAGAGCAUCAAAAACGUUACAGAAGAUGUGCAGAACACAACAUUAGCGUAUGUGACGCAUGAAGAUAUCUGCAAGUGCUUCACAGGAGACACCCUCCUUGCGAUUCGAGCCCCAUCAGGGACACGUUUGGAAGUUCCUAUCCCUGAGGGCCUGAAUGGGCAGAAGAAAUACCAGAUCCAUCUGAAGAGCACAAGUGGUCCUAUUGAUGUUCUCUUAGUAAACAAAGAUGCUUGGAGCUCUCCUCCUGUUGUACUCCCUGUGCCUCCCCCUGAAGACCUCAUUCAGUGCCAGGCAGUUGCACCCUCAAAACCGCAGAUACCACCACUCGCCCACUUCCAGGAGGCAUCCGUUCCCAGCAGCACCCAGCCCUCCACGCCGACACCCACCAGCACUCAGGACCACAGCCCUCCUGUGCAGCAAGCCGCAAGCACAGAAUGCAGUGUCUCAGCGGCAGAGUCCAAGAGCAGCGGUGACUUUGAUCCCCUCAGCAAUGUGUCCGGAUCAGCCGGGUUAGAUACCCAGCCGCUACAGUCCUCUGCCUCGCUGGACACCAGCUCCGUCCUACCCAGCCCCUCUACCUCCUUUGAGCCAAUCAAGCCCGAUCCCACAGGAAUACUGGAACUUCCCAAAGAGUUGUCAGAGAUGUUUGAUCCAACGAGAGAGUGUAUGAACUCUGAGCUGCUGGAAGAGCUGAUGUCAUCUGAAGUGUUUGCUCCCCUGCUCCGCCUCUCCCCUCCACCUGGAGACCACGACUACAUCUAUAACCUGGAUGAGAGUGAAGGCGUCUGUGACCUCUUUGACGUGCCUGUCCUCAACCUCUGA